AUGGCGCGUCCCGUUAACCAGCAAAUCGCGGCCGCGUUCGUCCUUUCCCGUCGCUCGCCCAUAGCAAAAUUUGUCACGGUAGGCAUGACGGACACUACGGUCGCGGCGGGAGUGACGGCGAUCGUCGACCCGCUGCUUUGCGCCGUCGUUUGCGCCCCCGUCGACCCCGCGCACUACCUGCUACUGCAGCCCGCCACCCGCGCGAUUUCCACUACUGCAGCUCGUCGCCCGUCCCGUCGCACUGCCACCCGUCGCCAGAUCCCCGCCACCCGUACGCACUCCGCUGCCCGUCGCCAAGUCCCCGCCCGCCCUCCCGUCGUCUUCGCAAGUGCUGUGAAGGGAGUGGCGGGGGUGGCGAGAGUGGUGGGAGUGGCGGGAGAAGCUGCUGCUACGCCAUUGCACGCGUCAAAUCGUCCGCGACCCGCACCCAGCACCCAGCCCGUCGCCCGUACGCCACCUGCACCCGGCACCCCACCCGCCGCCCGUGCGCCACCCGCACCCCGCACCCCGCCCGUCGCCCGUACGCCAUCCGCAUCACGCCGACGUCCGUGCCCCCGUCCGCGAGACCCGUCCGAACCCCGUACCUGCACCCAGACCGCCGUUCUGCCCCAGAUCCCGCCCCCCCCCGCCGACAACUGCCACCCCACCCCCAUCUCCGGCUCCGUAUCCAGCGGGAAGGGGAGGAGGUGUGGUGUUGGCCCGAAGGGGACGGCUGGGGGAGGGGGAGUGGCGGGGUUGGCGGCUCAUUCUUACCCGUGCUGUCCGUACCCGGUUGUGCCCCGCCAGUCUCACCCGUGGUGUCCGUACCCGGUGCCCCCCGUGUUCCCGUGCUGCCCCCCGUGUUCCCGUGCUGCCCCCCGUGUUCCCGUGCUGCCCCUCGUGUUCCCGUGCUGCCCCGCUCUCCCCGUGCUGCCCCGUUCUGCCUGUGUUGUGCCCGUUCCCGUGCCGUGUUGCCCCGUUCAGCCCUUGUCCUGCCCCGUUCUUCCUGUGCAGCCCCGUUGUCCCCGUGUUGCCCCGUUCUGCCCGUGUUGCCCCGUUCAGCCCGUGUCCUGCCCCGUUCAGCCCGUGUUUUGCCCUGUUCUGCCCGUGUUGCCCCGUUCAGCCCGUGUCUUGCCCCGUUCUGCCCGUGUUGCCUCGUUCAGCCCGUGUCCUGCCCUGUUCAGCCCGUCUUAUGCCCUGUUCUGCCCGUGUUGCCCCGUUCAGCCCGUAUCUGCCCCGUUCAGCCCGUGUUGCCCCGUUCUGCCCGUGUUGCCUUGUUCAGCCCGUGUCCUGCCCCGUUCAGCCCGUGUUCUGCCCUGUUCUGCCCGUGUUGCCCCGUUCAGCCCGUGUCCUGCCCCGUUCUGCCCGAGUUGCCCCGUUCAGCCCGUGUCCUGCCCCGUUCUGCCCGUGUUGCCAUGUUCUGCCCGUGCUGCCCCGUUCUGCCCGUUUGUGCCCUACCCGUGCUGUCCGUACCCGUUCGUGCCCCACCCGGUCUGUGCUGCCCGGUCUCGUGCUGCUCGUCACUCCCGUGCGGCCCGUCCCGUACAGCACCUAGUUGCUACCCGAACCCGCUACCCGUACCCGUGCUCCUCGCACACCGUGCACCAGCUGCGGGGCGUUCAACCGCAGCCGGGCACCUGUUCCACCGCGGUGGUUCAGAUGCUGCUUGGUGGUUGCUGCUUGUCAGCUUCAGAGGGGGCCCCUUGCUUGUGUUCCCACGCCCUGUAA